UGAAGGAGACAAUUGAGGUGAUGCUGCGAAUGUGUUGAGGGAUGGCGUUCCAGAGUGUUGGGGCUGCCACCGAGAAGCGGCACAUAGACGUGAUCGUCCUGGAUCUUGGUAUCAAGAGGAGGUUGUGAGUCGCACUGCGCAGGCAUCUGCCAUGUGCUGUGCCACAAGUCGUCAAUAAUGAAGAGAGGUACGGGGGGCAGGCAGAUGUGAAGGCGCGGUGGCAGAGGCAGGCGAUCUUGUAUGUGACCCUGCUGGCGAUGGGUAGCCAGUGGAGGGCACGGAGAGAGGCCGAGCGAGUCGAGACGGGGAUGAGUGCGGCCAAUGACGACGCGCGCCAGGUCGUUUUGAAGUCUUUGAAGUUUUUGAGGUUGCCAGAGGAUGACUGGACUAGGACGGAGUUGCAAAAGUCGAGGCGAGACCCAACUCUGCAACAUGCCAAUGUGUUGGCAGUUUCAUUGAGAGGACGUAGGUGUCUGAGAGCCUUCAGAUGAAAGUUACAUGAACUGAUGAUAUGAUUGGUUUGAUGGUCGAAGGAUAAAGUUGAAUCUAGGAUGACACCGAGGUAGCUGAAGUGAUCGGUGAGCCUGAUGCUGUGACCAAAGAUGUGUACGUGUGUCGGGAGCACGGAUGAGUUGAGACGUUGCCUGGUACCUAACAUGAUGGCUACUGACUUUGACGUAUUAAGGGCAAGGUUGUGUGCAGAGAACCACUGUUGCAGGGCAGUGGUGCAUUCCGAGAGCCUCUCAAAUCCAGACACAUUGGUAGAAUUGAUGGCGGUGAUCAGAAUAGUGUCGUGGUGCUUAACACCGAAGCUUGCGAUGAGGCGUCCGAUCGGGGAAGGGUAGGCCGUGAACAGCAGAGGACCGAGGACGGAGCCCUGGGGGACGCCACAUAACGCUUGUUUCAGGAGAUGUGGAUGAGCCCACCCUGACUGAGGAUUGCCGAUCAGAAGGUACGACAGUAUCCACUUGAGUGCUGAGCCACAUAUACCGAAGUCGGAUUUCAGGAGGGAAGUAAGGAGCAAGUGGUUGAUGGUGUCAAAGGCUGAUGAAAUGUCCAGACUUACAAGAGCAAUGAUGGAGCCGGAGUCAAUGAUCAUUAAAAUGUCACCGAGGGCUCUGGUGAGUGUUGUUUCUGUGGAGUAGUUUUGACGGUAAGCUGACUGGAAGGAGCAGAGGUGAUGUGGGGUUUUGGCUGGGCAAGGGCAAGUCUUUUGAAGAGUUUAGAGAGGUUCGAGAGAUGAGUGAUGGGACGAUAGCUAGACGGGUCAUCAAGGUCGAGACUUGGUUUCUUUAACAGGGGAGAAACCAGGCCAGAUUUGAGGUUGGAUGGAAAACACCCCAUAGAGAAUGAGGCAUUUGCGAUGUUCCUGAUCAUGAUGGCGAGUUCCGGAGCACAUUGCUUGAAGAAGGAACCUGGGAGGACGUCGAGUGGAGAUGACUUCAUAUGAAGUGAUUGAAUCAAAGAGAAUACAUCUUUUGAAGACACCAGCUUGAAGGUGGUUAGAAAGGUGUCUGGGUGAGUGCUUAAAAUUUCAGAAAAAGGGAGAGGGGUACGAUGGUGCAAUGUGAGGGAAGACGUGCAUAAGUUUGCGAUGGUGAUCAGCUUGUUGGUGAAGUAAGUUUUGAAGGAGGUGGCAAGUUUCAGUGAGGCCAGGGGAUCGCUAAGGUGAGGGACCAUGUUGUUACCAGGAUGUAGAAGAUCCUUGAGUAUUUUCCAAAGGAUGCGUGGUUUUCCGGUAGCUGUUUUGAUGCGUUCUUCAAUGUAGGAGAAACGUGAGGCAAGGAUAAGUUCGUUGGUUUUCCAAGCAGGCAGCUUUGCAGGCAACUCGAUCAGCAAGAAGACCACUGCGGAACACGAUCCUUUCAAGGCACCUCCUGAUUCGCUUAGCAAGGAUGGCAUCUCUUGAGAGCCAGCGAGCGUCGUGGGAAGGCUGCCUUGUGGUUCGUGGUUUUAAUGGUGCCAGCUUGUCCAGCGCUGCCCUCAGGUCAGCUUCUAGUUGAAGAGCGCAUACAGUUGGAUCGGAUGAUGGGGAUAACAUUGAAGGUGAAGUUGCGAGGAGGUGCUGUAGAGUGGAAAACUUGAUACCCUUGAAAUUACGGGAGUGGCGUGUGAUUUUGAUGGUGAUUGGCUUGGGAAUUUGAAGGAAAAAUAGUAUGAGGUGGUGGUUGGUGUAAACCAGUUUGGAAAACUCCCAGUGCUGAGAUGCGACGAUCCAGGUCAGGUUCCAGAACCAGGUCGAGCAUACUCUCAACAUUUGUUGAGGAAGCUCUGGUGGGGCCUGAGUUGGUGAUUUCCAGGUUAUGGCAGGCCAAGUUUGACUCAAUGGAGGCUGGGGUAGUGACGGGGCAGUCAAAGUCUCCAGUAAGCACGAGCCUGUGAGAUGGGUUAGGAAUGAAGUAAAGAAAUUCGGAAAGCUCGUUUAAGAAGGUCGUGAUGCUGACAUCUGGAGGGCAAUAGAUGGAAAUGAGGGAAAAGCACUCGGUGUUAGUAGUGAGGGACACGGACUGGACCUCAAAGGUGGCGGGAACCAUCGGUAGAUAGAGCUCUUCAAUUUCCCAGUGAGCAUUGUGGAUGACCGCUAAGCCACCACCCCACUGGUUAGUUGCGCGAGGUUUGUGAAGAACCUUGUAUCCCGGGGGCGCGAUAUCCAAAGAGUUGGCUGGCGGGGAGUCUGGCCUGCGCCAGGUCUCGGUAAUAAGUAAAAGGUCGAUGUGGUGGUCCGAGAUGGUAUCGUGAAUCAGGGCUGAUUUAUUGGUAAUGGAGCGUGAGUUGAGUUGGCCGAGGCGGAUGGAUAAACGUGGAUGUGAAGAUUCUAAGAGGCGUGGCAUCGAGAGUUUAGAGGAAAUAGCUGGUUGAAGGUUGACCUGUGAAAAGCGGCCCCUACCGCCUCUGCAACCACGGUGCCGAUGCAGUCUCUGACGUUGACCGCGAAGAAGCCCGAGGCCAGAGAGCGUCUUCAGGAGCGCGGAUUCCAGGUGCAGGUGAUGAAGAGAUGGUGCGUGUCGAAGCCCUGUUAUAUCAACCCACGCUGUACGGGUGGUGGUGUUGGGGGGGGGGGGGCAGGAUUCGGGUGGACUCCGAUCAGCGGCUGUGCUGCCCGGAGCAGCUAGUCCAGGUAGUGGUGGCCAAGAUCUAUGCCGUCAGCACACGCUCCCACGCACGUGGCGGGUGCGUACACGCCUACGUGGACCUUCGCUGAGCACGCACGCGGGAGGACAAGACCACGCACGUGGCGUGUACGAUGGAGCGGCCAGAAGAACACGCGGUCCAGUGGAGUAGCUGCCACGCGCUGUGCUCCAGGUCGCAGAUGAUGCGGCAGGGUGGACGAACCUCGCCGAGCUCCUAUUCACUGGUGAUGCUGGGCAGCAGGCAAACCCACUCUCUCGUGUUGAGCAGUGGACAGUCUGCGUCACGUUCCCACUCGCUGGUGGUGUUGAACAGUGAAUGGAACACGGCGAGCUGCCACUUGCUGGCGAUGCUGAGGCACGCCAAGCUCCCACUCACUGAUAUAGGCGGAAGAGGUGCUUUGUGAGGACGUCGCUGGCAGGAAAUGGACCCGGGACGGCUGUUAAGCUGCACCGCAUUAACAGUGCAGCCGGCGUCCUCCAGCCUCGUGCGUGGGAGCAGCCGGCCUCGUUCACCCACACAGCCCCUCAAGCUGUGCGAGGCGGCAGGGCCCGAGUUCUCAAUGACGGCCUCCCAGAGCCUCUCGUCACUGGCAUUCUGCGGAGGCACCCUGCGCUCACCCCGGCAGCGGCUGGGCCUCCUGGGUGGCUGCGCGCUCAUGUCGUCCGUCUGCGGCGCCGCGCUCUUCUGCAGCCUCUGCUUCGGCUUUGGCUGCGGUCUCGCCACGUCGCUGCUCGUGGCCGGGCCGCUCGCCGCCGCUGCCGCCGUCCUCGCGUUCCUCUCCCGGCAGGUGCGGUGCCUGGCGGCGCUGGUCGUCCUCGCGAGCGGCGCCAAAGAGGCACGGGCCGCCCUCGCCUCGGCAGCCGUCGUCCUCGCGCUCACGCGCAGCCUGAGCAACGUGACGCGGAACAUCGACAUCCUCAUCGAUUGCUUCGAGUGCGUCGUCAAAGCCUCCCUGCAGGGCAUCAAAGAGUUCGUGUGCACCGUCAAAGAGGCCGUCGAUUUGCUCUAUGCCAUCACUAAAGAGAUCAUGAGAGCGCUCAACGACUUUUUCGGGGGCAUGACGUUUAGCAAGAUUGGGGACGAGCGCUCCGUGGGAACCGUGGUGACAUGCAACGCGAGCCUGCAGGUCAUCGAGGGCAUCAGGAACUACACGGAGGGCAUCUUCGCGCGGCUCAAUGUUAUCGCCGACGUGCUCUGUCAUCCGCUGUUCAAUGCCGUCCUGGUCAUCCUCAACCUGCUGAUCAUGCUCAUCUUGGCAGGCCACUACUUCAGGCGCUACAGGCAGAAGCUAAGUUUUGACAACGUCUACAUCACCAACCAGUUCUGCAGCAUUGACAGGGAGCUGAGGCGGCGUGGGGAGGAACACGUGCUCCCAUUGCUGAAGGUCGAGCGGGAAAAAUUGGUCAUCCUCAGCUCCCUAGCACUGUCAAGCGUGGAACGACGGGCGAUGGUGCGUUACGCCGUGCCGGUUAUUACCAACGGCCUGCUCUGUGUCGUGGCCAUUGUGGUGGACUACGGGGUGUUCCUGCUCGUCGAUAUCGUCUACAGGCACAUGGACAGCAUCGCACACGAGCACAUAUCAUUGGAUAUGAACGUCGAGGUCAACUUAUUCAUGAUUGUGUUUUUCCCCGUGCUGAAGAGAAGCCAAUCGUUUCAGAACAACCUGUCACUCAUUGCCGACAAGUGUUUCGACAAAAAUCGCCCUCCGACGCCUCCCGACAAGGGCACGAUCGUCAAGGUGUGCGUGCUCUUCACUGCGCUCGCCCUCUUCUCGCUCUCGUCAGCCUUCAUCAACCGGCUGCGGCGCAAGGUCGUCAGUCUAUUCUACCCCGAGAGGGAGGUGCAGCGCAUCCUGUAUCUCCACAAGAAGAUCUUGGACAAGCGCAGGAAACGGCCCAGGGAAACCAUAAAACUGCACAGGACCUUACUCCAAAGUAUAAUGAAACGUGGCAAGCGGGACACCUCGAAGGAACUUCAGCCACUUGGGAGUUUCUAAUCUAUGUACCUUCUGCCUUCAUCAGUGAGAGGCAGCAAUCACGUAAACAAAAAUCUUACCUUGUAGAUAUGUCCAGAUUGUGUGUUAAAGCUGUCGAGCACAUUUAUAAUCAUUAUCAUUGCUUUUUCCUAGCUGUCGGCAUCUCUCGAUGUAACAAUCCUGAAGGUUCCUGCACACGAGAUGUUUUCAUCACUUCAUCUCCAUAAUGGGUGUCUGCUCGGGAAUGUUCCCUUCUGUUGGCUGCCAAUUCAUUAUUAACAUUAACCACCCAGCUCCUAAUGAGUGAAGUGUCCAGCCCAAGACCACUUAAGUUAAUAUUUCUGCCUCUUAAAAUGCAUGGUCUCGAAUCCAUUUACCCUUUUUCUGCCUCUCGGUGUAAUUCCAAGCACGCAUCUCUCUCCGGUUCUGCAACUGUUAAAACUUGUAUCCCAUGUACAGAAUAAAAUCUUCACGAACUAUG